AUGAACCAGUUAUGCAAAGUCUGCGGGGAGCCAGCUGCCGGAUUCCACUUCGGCGCAUUCACGUGCGAGGGCUGCAAGUCCUUCUUCGGCCGAACGUACAACAACCUGUCUUCGCUAAACGAGUGUAAGAACAACGGCCGCUGCAUCAUCAACAAGAAGAACCGAACCUCGUGCAAAGCGUGCCGCCUGCGCAAGUGCCUGAUGGUCGGCAUGUCCAAGUCGGGUUCGCGUUACGGCCGGCGCUCCAACUGGUUCAAGAUCCACUGCCUGAUGCAGGAGCAGGCGCACCAGGUGCUCGACAGCUCGAGCAUGCCACCGCUGCACAACGGCAACGGCUUCAACGGCUUCUCGUCGAGCCUGAGUCCGCUGAAGGGCGGCGAGGCGCCCGAGCCUGCUGCUGACAAGCCGCCGCCGACCGUCAAGUGCUCGACUCCCUCCUCCGACACGUCCAACCCGGCCAAGAGCCCGUCGUCGGACACGUCCGACUCGAAGCCGCCGCUGGGCCGGUUCCACCCGUACAGCGCCGGCCUGCCGCCGCAACUCUUCUACGACAAGUCUUUCCUGUCGCCGCUGGCCGCCUCGCUGCCGUUCUCGCCGUUCGCGUCGCUGCAGGCGCCGUACCCGCUCUUCCCGGCAGCCUACCAGCAGAAGUUCCUUUUCCCGCAGAGCUAUCUGCCAGCGCAGCUGACGGAGCUCUACCAGAAGAAGGCGGCGCUGGCGGCGCCGCCGCCAGCCAAGCUGGCCAGCCCGACGGCGGCGGCCGAUGCGCCCGAGCAGGACUCGCCCAUCGACCUGUCGACGCGAGGCGUGCCCGAGCUGGCGCUCAGUCGGCCGGCCGACAGUGACUCGGACUCGGAGUCGGUGCAGAGUGCGGCCGACAGCGGCGCGUCGGCGCUCGGCAGCGACUCGGACACCGUCGCCAAGCCGGCGCAUGUCGAAACGCCGCUGGACCUGACUGCCAGAACGUAAUGGCGCGUCGCCUGCUCACGCGCGCCCCCCGCUUGCACCCGUGCCAUACUGCGUCCCGCGCCGGCGCCGGCCGCCGGCCCCCAGUAUUAGACGCGGUCGCCCAUGUUGAGUACAAACCUGCCCCGCGCAGCGUGCUCGCCGAGUGCUCGCGUGGUGUCGCCUGGUGUCCCUGUAACGUUGUAGCGGGAGGAGUCGCCUCGAUUGCGUACGAGUAGCCCGUGCAAUAGAAACCGUAUUAAGCUAUCCACUGGAGAGCGUAGAGCUUAUCGCAGCGCUAGGCUGGCCGUUCUGCGCCUGCGCCUCCAAGGCUGCAGUCGAAGCGCUGGUGCUCAAGCAAUCGUAGGCCGCCCUGCCCGCCCGGGCGCGGGCCCCGCGGCGUCAGCCGGCCGGGACGUCGGGUAUGUCGCCCGCCGCCCCUCACUUCCGCCCGACUCAAACGCUGCAGUCAUGGCAGCGGCGGGCGCCGGCGGCGGUCGCAGGCAAGGCGCAUUGUGUGCAAAUGAAACGGCGCCGCAACGGGGCCAGGCCAGAGACCGCCGGGUCCGCCCGGGCACCGCGCCGCCGGCCGCCGCUCAGGGGCCGAACACUGUUGUGCUAGCUCCGGGCGCUGUUAUGGUGCGUCCAGGCACUGCUGUGCGGCGACCGGGCACUGCUGUGCGGGGCCUGAGUCUACUGCACAGCGCUGUGCGGAGUGUGCGCCUACGCUCGGCCGGCGGCCCUCCGGAGAAGGCUGUAGGCCGCCCAAGGGCGGGUGCUGGCACCGGAGGGGCGUAUCUGGAUCGCUGCUGCCUCUUCACCGACCUUUCGUCCCACCCAAAGUCAUUGUGCCGCGGCUUUGGCGCUCAGCCUCCCAGUCGCGUCCAUCUUAGGUUUAUUUAAGCUUUUAGCAGUGCUAGUUCCUGCUCUGUUGAUGUGCAUUGUGAUGUGACCGUUUAUUCAGUUGUGUUUUAUUACAGAUUUUAUGUAGAUUACUAUUAGCGCGGCGAGCGCCAUUCGGUGCUAUUGCAUAAUAAAUUGUCGACAACC